GCUCCCUCUCCCCGGCAGAAGCGAAACCCUAUCCCUGUCCUCAGCGCUCCGCUUGGGUUUCUCAGUCCUAUUUCAGGCACUUGGCUCCUCUGCCUCUCCAGCGUUUCCACUGCCUCUCUCCAUCUUUUUUUCCGCUCCUCCGCUGCCGUCGCCUCCCCGUGCCCCCGCCGAGUGUCCUCCCCGCGGCCCCGCCGCCGCGGCUGCUCCCCGAUAUGGGCCACCAAGGCGGAUUAUUGCCAUCGCUAAUCUGCAUUCGCCCUCCUCCCGGUCCUCCCCUGCUCCUCCCUUCUCCAAAUCGCUGCUGUACGGCGCCGGUGUGCGGUGCCGCACGGGCGGACCGGCCACCCUGGAAUGGCCAGCGCCGGGAGAGCCACCGAGCCGGGACUGCCUAGGGAGAUGGCGAUGGAGAACGGGGACACGGCGGGACGGAGGGGACAGCAGGUCAACGGUGAGGUCAGCGGUACCCCCCGGCUCCGGGGGAUGGGGGAUCCCCUGCUCCGGGACACGACAGCACCUGACGGCAGCAGGACAGAGGUGAUGGCAGCGGGCUGGGAGCCGGGACCAGCGCUGGGUGACGAGGAUGGGACCCCCGGGGGGGCCCCACAGCGAACAGGGCAGCAGGAGGAAGCCCUGAUGACCGAGCUCUCAGAGCUGGUGCAGAAGGUGGUGAAGAGCAGCAGCUGGUGGGAACGGCACGGCGUGGACAUCAGCAUCCUUGCCUGCAGCUUCCUCCUGCUCCCGGCAGGGUUCCUGUGCCUGCGGUCAGCCCAGACCAUCCCUUUCCUGGCGGGUGUCCUCACCCUCGGCGUGGUGCAUCACACCCUGACCGUCAAGGGCAGCCACCUGGCCAGCCACAACGCCUUGACCGAGUCCAAAUCCUGGGGCAAAGUGUGGGCCAUCUUCUUCAUUGAGCUCUGCUCAGCUUUCACAGUCGAGCAGGCCACCUACAACCACGUGAAGAUCCACCACGGCUACACCAACGUCAUCGGCCUUGGGGACUCCAGCACCUGGAAACUUCCUUUCCUGAACCGCUACGUCUACAUGUUCAUUGCCCCUCUCGCAGUGCCCAUCUUGACCCCUCUGGUUGCACUUGAUUUGUUGAGGAAUGUGGAGUGGAAAGCAGCUCUCCGGACUCUCUGCUGCAUGUUCCUGGGUUUUUACUGCCAUUACUGGCUGCUGCUCCACGUCUCAGGCUUCCAGUCGCCGUGGUCCGCCCUGCUCUGCAUGCUGCUCACCCGCUCCCUCCUGGCACAUCCCUACAUCCACGUCAACAUAUUCCAGCACAUCGGCCUCCCCAUGUUCGCGGCCGAUCGCAAACCCAAGCGGAUCCACCUCAUGAGCCUGGGUGUCCUCAACCUGCCCCGCAACGCCCUCCUCGACUGGUCCUUCGGCCACUCGCUCAUCAGCUGCCACGUGGAGCAUCACCUCUUCCCCAGCCUCUCCGACAACAUGUGCCUGAAGAUCAAGCCCAUUGUCUCCCAGUACCUGAAGCAGAAGAAGCUGCCCUACAACGAGGACACCUACGGCUCCAGGCUCCGGCUCUUCCUCCAGAGAUACGAGGAGCUGAUGGUCCACGCUCCCCCCAUCACAGAGCUGGUGGGCAUCCAGUGAGGGCUGCAGGACUCGGGGGGCUGCUUCCCACGGGGACUUGCAGCAGGGAUGGUUUUAGCAGGAUUGGGGCUGCACAGACCAACACUUCCACAAAGCCAUCGUGUGGGAAACGUCCCUCCCCGAUGUCUUGCUUUUGGCUAGAAAACAGUGCACAGAGACACUGCAGGAGAGCCAGGCGGUGCAACACCAGGGGCAGAAGGAUCAGGGUCCCCCCACAGUUAUUCCCAGCCAGGGCUUAGUUUUAUCCACUCUGCUUUCACGCUUGGGGAGAGGAACCCCCCCUCUGUGAGAGAUGCAGCACUGUGUCCAGGACAUCCAGGACUGAUAACCACCAGGAUCUGCAGGAUGGAGCUGCCACUGUGUGGCUGGGGGCUCAGGGAAGGGAUGGAUGGUGGGGAGGGGGUUGUGUCACUGCUGCUUGUGCUUUGCCUGACUUUGGGCUAAAUCAGUCCCUUUUAGGAACAUGGUUUGGCAAAUUCAGCCUUAACACUUUGAGGUGGA